AUGUUAUCUGGAGAGGAUAAAAAACAUCAUUCUAAAGAAUUCUAUCAAAAUGAAUUACAAUGUAAAGGAUGUAAUCAUCAAAUUCAUGACAAAAUAUUAAUUUAUUUAAUAAAAAAAGAUCAAUUAUAUAAUGAUAAUAAUAAUAAUAAUCAAAAAUCAAUAAAUGAACAAAAUAAAUAUAAAAAACAAUUAAAAAUAUCAACAAAUUUAUUAAAUUCUAAUUUAAAAAAAAUUAAUUAUUUAAAUGAAUUAAAUAAUCUAAAUCAAUCAAUAGAAAUUUAUCAUAUAAAUUGUUUUAAUUGUUAUGAAUGUGGUCAUUGUUUAACAUUAAAUGAUGAAAAAUGUUGGAUAUAUCAAGAGAAUAAAAUUAUUUGUAUUAAUUGUAGAAUAAGAUAUAAACAUUGUGGAAGAUGUCGACUUCAAGUACCUGAAGAUAUGAAAGUUCACAAAUUAAAUCGUGUACCAUUUCAUACAACAUGUUUCACAUGUUUCCAAUGUGGUCGUCAAUUACAUCAAGGUGAUAAAUGUGGUAUAUUCAAUAAUGAUGUAUUAUGUUAUGAACAUUAUAUGACUAAAUUUUUAUCAUGGAAAGUAUUAAAUUUAGACACAGAUUCAAUAAGUAACAUAAAUCAAAUAGAACCAAGACAAGUGGAUAAACUACAACAAUUUUUAUAUGAUCAAGAAAACUUUUCAAUCAGUAUGAAUGAAACAAAAAUUAAUCGAAAUUUUAAUCCAGAUAAUAUUCAUUUACCUAAUAAUAGACAUAAAGCAGAUAGAAUAACGAUGAUGAAUGCUAACUGUAGUACAUCGUCUACAUCGCUAUCUUUUAAUCAGUCAAGUGAAAUAACGGAUAGUUUCUUAACUUCAUCAAACUAUCCAACAGUAAAUAACCUACAGAGCAUUUCAAAUAUUUCAUCUACAACAGCAGCAAAAUUUACAGCAGUGAAUCCAAUAGAAAAUUGUCAAACUACAGAUAAUUGGUGUUCAAUCGAUGAAUCUAUGCUUAAUGAAGAAAUUCUAUUAAGUAAUGGUGAUAUCUCUAUGACACUGACUGAAAAUGGUCAUUCAAUUGAUAGUAGUACAAGUAGUAAUUGUAGUGUACAUUCAAAAUCAAAACGUAUAAGAACAAGUUUUACACCUGAUCAAUUAGCAAUACUUCAAGCUAAUUUUGACAUUGAAGCUAAUCCAGAUGGUCAAGAAUUAGAACGUAUUGCUGGUAUGGCGAAACUAAAUAAACGUGUUACACAAGUGUGGUUUCAAAAUGCUAGAGCACGUAAAAAGAAGAUUGAAUGUCGUGGCACACUUGAAGGACAACAUGAUCAAAUAGGUUUUAGCAGUUUAACAUGCUGUUUAGCUGAUUCUAUGGGAAUAGAAGAGUUCUAUGAUAAUUCUAAAGAGAAUAUACCUUCAAUGAAUAAUAUGGGUGAAGGACUUCUAUCAACUAAUGAUGAUGGAAUGAAUUCAAAUCAAAUUUAUGAACGGGAAUAUAAUUGCAAAUCUGAUUGCUUCAAUGAGUUGAAUCAUAUUACUAACAAUGACAAAAACAUCAUUAAUGAAAACAAGAUGGGGAAAAAUUUAUCACAUUUUCAUUUUCGAUCUGAUCCAGUGUUUAUUAAUGAUAAUAGUUUGACAUCGAACGUUAAUGAAUCUAACUUUUCAAAUAGUAAUAACACUAUAGAGCAUGAUUUUAUCAUGAACAGAUUUUUCUCCAAUCCCAACUCAUUUGGAAAAAUACCUUUUUCUUCAACAAAUGGACAUUGUGUAUCGUUAUCUGAUACAACUCCUCGAGAAUGUGAUCGUCCUGAAAGAACGAAUUCUAUGAAGGAUUCUUCAGUGACCAAGAAUGAUGUUGCUACUAUUGGGAUAAAUAAUCACAGCAUUCAAAUCAAUAAUACUACAUCUAUUAAUGUUAGUACCGAAGAUGUCGUUACGUUUGAAAAUAUGAAUGAAUCAAUUCAUCCGCAGAAUUCUACAUCAUCAGCACGAUGUACUGUUAGACCAAAUUUAUUUGCAGAUCAAAAUAUGGUUGAUAUUAUUCCAUCAAAUUAUCGUAUAUCCAAUAAUUUUUAUUUUCCUGCAAUUGCAUUACCAACUAAUUGA